UUUCACCAAGACAUUAGGGUUCAAAACGGCGUGAUACAAUUGAUACAAUCUCCCAGUGGAGUGCCACUUAUCGUAAACCGGUCUAUUGUAAGCAUUGUACUAGUGACCGCGAUACAGUGUGCUCGCAUCAAUAGCUGUUGCAGUUAUAAAAAGAAACAGUAACAAUGGUGUUGACAUUAUACAAAAUCGACGCUAGCCCCCCUGUGAGAGCUGUAUUCAUGACUAUAGAAGCGCUGAACAUCCCAGGCGUGGAUUAUGUCAAUGUGAAUCUGCUUGAAAGGGAACACUUGAAGGAUGAUUUUGUUAAGAUUAAUCCUCAACAUACCGUGCCAACAUUGAAAGAUGACGAUUUUGUGCUGUGGGAUAGCCACGCAAUAGCUGGAUAUUUGGUGGCAAAAUACGGGGCCGACGACUCCCUCUACCCCAAUGAUCCAAAAAGGAGGGCUCUCGUCGAUCAACGUCUUCACUUCGAUACCGGCAUCCUGUUCCCUAGUCUGAGAGGAACUGUGGAACCAUUAUUUUUCUGGGGCGAGAAGAGCCCGCGACCUGAGAAUUUGGAGAAGAUUGAGAAAGCGUACGGCUUCACAGAGAGUUUCCUGACAAGUCCGUGGCUUGUUGGUGGAGAAGUAACAUUGGCUGACAUAUGCUGUGUUGCCACCAUCAGCUCCAUGAAUGAAGUGUUGCCUAUUGACGGCAAUAAGUACCCGAACUUAGUGGGCUGGCUGGAGCGAUGCGAAAAAGAGAUUUUUUAUAAGAAAGGCAACGAGAGCGGCCUCCUUCAGUUCCGACAACUUCUCAAAAGCAAACUGCAAUAAACAAUCUCACUACUUACUACGUCAUCGAAUAUUAGAGCCCAGCCCCAUCGCUGCGUUGCGUCGCAACUCCGUCGUGCUCCAUAGUUUACACUAUAAAUUCCGACAUUGAUUUUCGACAACAGUUGUUAAUAUUUGUGUUUUUCUGGGUUGAUCCGUACGUAUAGGGCCGUCAACGCAACGGAGCACGACGGAGCUAUGAGCCUUACCCGGCGUCCUAGCUGAGCUACAAAUACGACGAGACAGCCCGACGCGAAGUGACAAUGUCAAACUUGUGUUAGGUUAUGACGUUUGUUAUAUUGCAGAGAAUGAAAUAAAAGUAUGGAAUGUGCCAGCUACUGCUCCUCUUGCGCAGAUUGUAAAUUUUAAUCUAGGGAAAAGGCUAUAAACUUUAGAUUCACCAGCCCGUCAUACAACUAAACGUGACCUUUGAGUUUUGCAAGUCUUGUUUGUUUAAGAGUCAUAUGUCAUAAUAUCAUAAUAUCUUCUUCUACAUCAACAUUUAGAAGAAGAUGUUAUUGUAAAACUAAGUAGGUAUAAUAUGUUCAAUGAAUAAAACACAGUAGAGCCAUUCAA